AUGAAUAUCUUUAGACUGUUAGGGGAUAUUUCCCACCUUGCCGCACUCCUAAUAUUGUUAUUAAAGAUUUAUUCUUCUCGUUCGUGCAAGGGCCUCUCAGGAAAAACUCAAAUUAUGUUUGCGUUGGUGUUUACUGCCCGAUAUGUUGACUUGUUCGUAUACUACAUAUCUGCAUACAACACUAUAAUGAAGAUUACAUUUAUUGCGUUGUCUUACUUAACGGUUUACUUCAUUUAUGUUAAGUUCAAGGCAACUUUAGACACAAAUGAUCAUCUAUUUCGUCUUCCCUACUUUGUGAUCCCCAUUGGAGGCCUCGCAUGCCUUGUCAAUCACAAGUUUGAGUUUUUGGAGGUACUGUGGACAUUUUCUAUAUAUCUGGAAUCAGUUGCUAUUUUGCCUCAAUUAUUUAUGAUCAGUAGUACUGGUGAAGCGGAAACGAUAACUGCGCAUUAUUUAUUCGCAUUGGGAUCUUAUCGUGCUUUGUAUUUGGUCAAUUGGAUAUACCGAUAUUAUGUGGAAGAUGUUUAUGACUUGGUAGCUAUUGUAGCUGGAUGUGUCCAAACACUAUUAUACAUUGAUUUCUUCUACCUUUAUGUCACUAGAGUACUCAAAGGUCGCCAACUUAUUCUUCCAGUCUGAGAAAAAAGGGUGUGUUGUAAUUUUCGAUUAAUAUCUUGUUUAGCAAUAUUUCGUUUGUUUUCUUUCUUUUUUUUCGUUACAAUACUGGUUCAUUUGUCUUAGUGGUAAAUUUGUUGAAAACAUGUUCAAACCUCAAGUGCCCAGGUAAAUUCAUUCAUUACUGGUUCUAUUCAGUUAAUUUUCUUCUUGAACUGUCAACUUUGCUUUCCUUCUCUUAUCUAUAUGUGUUUUUCUAUCCCGU